AUGACAAAACUAGCCAGCACUCGUCGGGCACGUAACCAAGCUGCAUCCUUAGCUAUACCCCGCCAAAACUCUGUUUCUGACAAUGGCAAGGUGCGUCAAAACCUCAGUCCAGAAGCUCUAGCAUCUAUGAGCAAGGAUCAACUUCGAGCAGAAUGUAGGAAACGUGGCCAACGGACUUCAGGCAACAAAAAUGAGCUGCUCGCCCGCUUAGGGUACUACAAGCUGGCGGCUGCAGUGCAAACAGAUACGGAGCAAAUACAGCGUCCACGCAACGGGCUGCAUCACGCGCCUUCGAAAGAGAUUAAAACUAAAGCAGCCCCUAUGGAUACCGACAGUUUAGUGCUAUGGAGGAGACCACUCACAACUUUGGAGUACUUUUUUCGGGAACUAUUUAUAUUAUGCUCAACGGGUUUACGAAGACUGUUCGCGUACAAGGGAUUAGUAGUAUCACUAAUCGUUCUAGUCUGCGGUGUCGCCGCCUCAUUUUAUGUUGAUGGUCCUCAUCAGCCCUUUGUGCAGGAGGCAAUGCUGACCCUCGCUUGGUGGGGCUGGUGGGUGGUACUCGGAGUUUGCAGCUCAGUAGGUCUCGGUACAGGCCUACACACAUUCCUCCUAUACUUGGGCCCGCAUAUAGCACGCGUAACACUUGCCGCGUACGAGUGCGGUGGACUUAAUUUUCCUUCGCCACCAUAUCCCAAUGAUAUAAUAUGUCCGACGGAGAUUGACCCCCAAUACACUGUGUCGAUAUGGAACAUAAUGGCCAAGGUUCGAAUAGAGUCUAUGAUGUGGGGUAUGGGGACAGCGUUGGGGGAGUUGCCCCCGUACUUUAUGGCCCGAGCUGCUCGGUUAUCAGGGGGUGGAGUCGCUGAACUUACAGCUGAUGACGAUUCCAAAACUGGCAGGGCAAAAGUAAUGAUCCAAAAACUGGUACAACGGGUUGGUUUCGCUGGUAUACUUGCGUGUGCGUCUAUACCAAACCCAUUAUUUGACUUGGCCGGUCUCACGUGUGGACAUUUUCUCGUACCAUUCUGGACUUUCUUCGGGGCGACGCUUUUGGGCAAAGCAGUAAUCAAAAUGCAUAUACAGAAGAUGUUUGUGAUAAUUGCGUUUAAUGAAACGCUGGUCGGCCAAGUUCUCCAAUGGGUAGAACGGAUACCGUACAUCGGGCCCAAACUGGAGGCUCCCUUACUGGAGUUCCUCAGGAACCAAAGAGCUAGAUUACACAAAAAUUCAUCACAGACUGACAAUCAAGGCUCAGUCCUCUCUAUGUUAUUAGAAAAGUUUGUUCUAGCUAUGGUUCUAUACUUUGUGGUGUCUAUAGUGAAUGCACUCGCACAGAACUACAGCAAACGCUCCGCAAAGAAAAAGGGCAAGAAGAAGGAUUAG